AUGCAUAUAACGACAACCCCGGACAAAAAAUUUCGCUGCCCGCAUGUCUCCUUCCCAACUUAUGGCCCGUUCUUUGUUUUUGGUGCUGUGGACGGAGGGGGGGGGCAGGGAUUCAUACCUACUCCCCGCGCCAGUUAUUUCGUUGCCCGGAGCUCUGUGUCCAAAGUUAUGCCCCAAUCUUCCUCCUCGGCACUCUACAGGGAGGAAGAGGGAAAGGAACUCUUAUCCACUCCCCGCACCAUUCAUUUUGCUGCCCGCACCUCUCGGUCCAAAGUUAUGCCCGAAUCUUCCCCACGGGCGCUGUAUAGGGAGGAGGGGGGAUGGGGAUACAUACCUACUCCCCGCACCACUCAAUUCGCUACCCGGAGCUCUCAGUCCAAAGUUAUGCCCGAAUCUUACCCACGGGCGCUGUAUAGGGAGGAGGGGGGACGGGGAUACAUACCUACUCCCCGCACCACUCAAUUCGCUACCCGGAGCUCUCAGUCCAAAGUUAUGCCCGAAUCUUACCCACGGGCGCUGUGUAGGGAGGAGGGGGGACUGGGAUACAUACCUACUCCCCGCACCAUUCAUUUCGCUGCCCGCACCUCUCAGUCCAAAGUUAUGCCCGAAUCCCCCCUCCCCCCCCCGCAGCUAUUGCCUGCACCCCCAAUUUCACACACAGUUAGGAUGUUGUGCCCAAAUCUCCCCACUCUGCAGUUAGGUUAG